AUGUCGACCUUCCAGUACGGCGGUUACGCAGGAUAUGGCCCAAAUCAUAUGGGGCAUGAGAAUGAUACGGCUGGAAUGUACAAUCCACGUACUCACUCGAAAGUAGCGGAAAAAGAAGGAUUUCACAUGGGUGGAACUGAUGAGCCGAGAACCCUCUAUGUGGGAAAUCUCGAUCCUUCUGUCACAGAGGAGUUCAUUGGCACAUUGUUUGGGCAGAUUGGAACAGUAACGAAGACGAAAGUGAUUUUCGACGGCACCAACGAUCCUUAUGCGUUCGUUGAGUUUUCUGAUCAUAACAUGGCUGCUCAAGCCUUACAGACCAUGAAUCGACGAAUGCUACUAGACAAGGAAAUGAAAGUAAAUUGGGCGGUAGAGCCAGGACAGCAGCAACCAAAAGUUGAUACUAGCAAGCACUUCCAUGUGUUCGUAGGGGAUCUAUCACCAGAAGUCGAUAACAAAGCCCUCAAAGAAGCUUUCGCUCCAUUUGGAGAUGUAAGUGAUGCCAAGGUCAUUCGUGAUGUAACAACGCUAAAGUCCAAGGGAUACGGUUUUGUUUCAUAUCCAAAGCGAGAGGAAGCAGAACGUGCCAUUGAGCAAAUGAAUGGACAGUGGCUUGGGCGCCGCACAAUUCGUACAAAUUGGGCUACACGUAAGCCUGGGCAAGGAGGCGGUGAUCAGCCUGCUUCUAACGAGAAGACUUAUGAGGACAUUUUUAAUAUGACGACACCCGACAAUACAUCCGUUUAUGUGGGAAACGUCGCAGGAGGUGUUUGUGAGGAGGAUAUUCGUGAAGCUUUUGGGCAGUUCGGCAGGAUACUCGAAGUUCGUAUUUUCAAAGUUCAAGGAUACGCCUUUGUGAAAUUUGACUCGAAAGACUGCGCUUGUCGCGCAAUCCUCAGAAUGAACGGCGGUGACCUUGGAGGAAAUACUAUAAGGUGCUCAUGGGGAAAGACUAGCGAUUCUGAUAAACGUAAUCAGGGCUACAGUAAUUAUGGACAAGGUGCUUAUGGAUAUGGUGGACAAGCUACUGGUAGCAGCUAUGGACCACCUGCUGCCACUGGAGGACCUGGUGGAGCUGCUGCUGCAGCCGCUGCUCAGGCUCAACAACAGUACUACAACUACUACGCUCAAUAUUACAGUAAUCCACAGGUCAUGCAGCAAUGGGCAAGCUAUUGGCAGCAACAACAAGGAGGCGCUGGACAGCCCGGCUCCGGAGCAGCUAAUGGCAACCGUUAAGUUAAGCUUGAAGUUAAUACUCACAAGGGGUGCAUGUAGACAUUCUUUUCUUUUCCAUUUUGUCGUUACUAUUUGAAAAUGAUCUAUAUGUAUUGGAUACGAGUCGGUUAUCAUUGUUUCAUGGCACAAAUAUACAUAUGAUUAGAGUUGAAAUUUUUGUCAAGUUGGUGUCAUUGACACAUUGUGCUUACUUCCGUCAUUUUAAUAUCGUCUUUUCUGGAUGUCUUUGUGUUGGCUGUUGUGAGUUCAUCAUGGAAAAUGAAUGAUAUUUGUAAAUCAGCUGUUCAUUGUUUA